UGCCCCACUGCAAAUAAAGGGAGAUAACGGGCCGUGAGUAGCGGCUGAAAACGUUUUAUACUGACAUGUUAGAGCAAUGACUUUUGCGUAACCGCGUAAAAUCUGGGACUAGGCUCCCAGCACGAGGAUGAUAUAGGGUUCUUACGGGAAGAGGAACAAGAAACGAUUGCCACGGCCCGGUGGGAAAAAUAAAACGGCGAAUCCGUUGAAGUUUAGAAAGAGAGAGUGAGCGACAGUGAGCAGGAUUCUCAAAUUUGAAAGCAAUCCAAAAACAUAGCUGCGGUGGAAGAGCGAGUGUACCCAUUUGAAAGAUGAGCUUGAUGUCUGCCAUAGACACCAGUGCCUCCGUGUACCAGCCUGCACAGCUACUGAAUUGGGUAUACCUCUCUUUGCAAGACACUCACCAGACCAGCGCUUUUGACGCCUUUAGACCCGAACCCAACUCUUCCCACCCGGAGCUGAACUACUGCAAGACUCCUGCGGCGGACCUGAGCUCGUCCCUAAACUCCAACUAUCUCAACAACUUUUUUCAGCUCCAGCGGAAUGAGGCGUUGAAUAACAGCGUGUAUAAGAAUGUCUCGCCAUACGGCUCACUCAACAACAUCGUUGAUGGACUCAACACCCUGACAGACCACUUCUCCGACCUUUCCCUCUCCUCAGAGUCCCGCAAGCCAAGUAAGAGACCCCCGCCCAACUACCUGUGCCACCUCUGCUUCAACAAGGGCCACUACAUCAAAGACUGCCCCCAGGCAAGGCCUAAAGGCGAGGGUCUAACUCCGUACCAGGGGAAGAAGAGGUGUUUUGGAGAGUACAAAUGUCCCAAGUGUAAGAGGAAGUGGAUGAGUGGCAACUCCUGGGCCAACAUGGGACAAGAAUGUAUCAAGUGCCACAUCAACGUCUACCCACACAAGCAGCGUCCAUUGGAGAAGCCUGAUGGCCUGGACGUCUCAGACCAGAGUAAGGAGCACCCUCAGCACCUGUGUGAGAAAUGCAAAGUCCUGGGCUACUACUGCCGACGAGUGCAAUAAUACCUUACUAACCUGAACCCUCCAAUUUCCUCAAAAAGAGAGGAACCAUUUCAUGUCCCUCGCCUCCUCCUCCGUCAGAGGGAAACUUAGCAACCCUCCUAUACUGCCUUCCCAUUUUCCUCUUCCCGCUCCUGGGAAAGAGCGGAACCUCACUGUCCUCACCAAUACUGCCUCCCUUGCCUCCCCUCCUUCUCCUCCUUCCUCACCCUCUCCCCCUCUCCAAAUCACCUCCCAUCACCUCUCCCUCCC